AGAUGCAGUUGCUGCUUCCAACUCAUUAGCACGCUCCGACCACCAGGCUUCUCGGUCCUUACGCAAGCUUUGCCCAAUUUCCUUACGUAACAUCCUUCGUUUGUGUUCAAACUCACGGUCACGCGGAGUAGACCGACUGGCUUCAAUGAGUUGUAAGGAACCUGAAGAAACCCAGUGCAUAUAAGCGGGACGUUAGAGAGUUUAUCGCAAAUGAUGAACUCUCUAUUUCGAAAAAAGCUCCAUAUCAAAAGAAAUUUUGGCGUUUUUCUUUAAGAGCUCCCCAAAAAUAAGGAAAUUGGAUCAGAUUAGGCCUUGUAUAAUUGAAAUACCUAUUUGAUAUUUGAUGGAAUUUUCAAUCGCUUUUGAUGAAACAUGUUCUGUAUCUUCAAAACCCAAAAUUUUUAAGCACCUCCGAGGUCUUCCGGAAGAUGUCAGCUAACGAUAUUUAAUAAAAUAUGGUACCAUUCAAGCUGGUAUCAUUCUGUAAUAAGAACUAGUCGGGGUGACUAUCCAAUCUAUCGGCUGUUACUACCACACCUCAAAUAUAUUCAGCAUUUAGAUUCUGUUCACGAUUCUAAGUAAACUGUACGGCCUAGUAGGUUUCUAAUUUAAACCAUGCUGGAACAGUGGUCAACUGAUCAUAGUAUUUAAGUUUUAACCAUUGGGUCACAAUGAAAUUCUACUUUUUCUUGUUGUACUUAAGGAGUCGAUUAGUAGUAUCAGAUAUCGCACAUAAAUCGUUACUUCAAACCGCGUACGCAAACCUGUUCUUGAUAGAUGAUCAUAAUAAGACUCUAAAUCACAAACGAUUUUUGCAUUCAUUAUCACUAAAAAAAUUUUUUUCAGUCAUCCUGAAAAUCGUCAGUGAAGGUCAACAUGGAUUUAUUGUGAUCAUCAAUGACAACUGAAAGACUAUUUGAUAAUAUAAGCAUCAAGCCUAGACUUAUUGUAUUCGACUUGGAUUGUACAUUAUGGCCGUUUGACUGUGACAUUUACGAUAGUCAAGUUUUUCACAAAAAUGGUGAUAUGAUUUAUGAUGAAAAUAAUUACCCACUAAAUAUACUUCAAGAUUCAAAUAAUAUAUUGAAAUCUAUCAAAAAAGAAAAGGAUGUACUAUUGGCAUGUGCUUCAAGGACCCCUUCGGUGGAAACAGCUCGUCAGUUAGUUUACCUAAAUGGUUGGGAUAAAUUAUUCGAUCAUAUGGAAAUAUAUCCAAACAGUAAAAUUGUUCACUUCCAGACACUUCAACGAAAGACUAAAAUUCCAUACAAUAAAAUGAUAUUUUUCGAUGAUUUACAAUGGAAUAUCAAAGAAGUAAAAAGUCUAGGUGUUCACAGCCAUCACGUACCUAAUGGUGUGCACACGGGGGCUUUUCGUAAAGCAUUGAAAGAAUAUGAACGGUUUUGGUCUUGUAAAUAAGAAAUCUAUUCAACAAACUACAGUAUUAUCGCCAUUGUCCUUCUCUUUCUCCCCUGGAUCAAACAAACUGUUUCUAGUCAUUUCAGAGAGAGAAUGAGAGAAAACACUACAUUUAUUUCUUUAUCUUUUGAAACUUUUCAAAGCUUUAUCAAGAUGUUUUUCUGUCUGGUUACAUUUUCGCUGACAGUCUUGAUCAUAGUUACUAAUAUUCACUAGUGUAAGUGCCAUUAGUAACCGAGGUGGGUUGGGGGGCCACAUUAAUAACCAACUGUUUCAUCGUAGUUUGCGAUUUUUGACUGAUGAACAAACAUUCAUCACCUAAGCUGAAAAUCAGUUUCAAACGACUUCAGUUCUUGUUUGAAAACUACACUUACCUGUGGUGAUUUAUUCAAAAUAAUGUAGGAGUUAGAAACAAACAGUUGUAUGGUUUCAACUGGAUUAUUUGAAAAAUAUUCUGUCACUGUACACAUUUCGUUUGCAAUAAAAUAGAUAUUAUUUUUAUUAAACUUUCUUAUAUUUUAUUGCUUUAAGUUUUCUUAAAUUAACAUUGUAAUAAGCAAAGAUGGAUGGUGGCUAGCAGCGGGAUUGAGGACGCGCGUUUCAUCCUCUUUGGGACUCGUCAGCUGGAUGUGACUGCAUCCCAGAGUUGGUGUUCAUUCUGGGACUCGAGUCCAGUACCGUUCGCUUCUGGGAUACAGGUACGUCCAAUUGACGAGUCCGAAAUAGAACGAAACGCGCCUCCUGGAUCCCACUGCUAGACGUCAUUCAUCUUUGCCGAUAAUGCUUGCGACUUGAGGUAAUAUAGAGGCAAUCCGCACAAGAUGCACAUAUGCCAAUAAGAGGCUGACCAAUCGCGAUCCUGAACAUCAACGGGAAGAUCCAAACAAACAAUACUAAAUGAAUUUGACAUUGUAAUACUCAACUAAUAAAUUUGACUUUGGAGCUUGUUGAUCGAUUUUACUUAUUAUUAUUACUUAGUUGUAAUCUGUAAUGUUAUAAUUUGUAAACAGAUUUCUAUGCCAUAAUGUUUGAUUGAAAUAUAAUUAAGACAAAGGUAUUUACUAGCAUCUGUAUGUUGACCACAAGUUGCCAUACUGCAUUAACAGAGCGGAAUGAAAUUACCAAAACAAAUACCAAAGUAGUAGAAGUAAUAAUAGUGCGUAGAGAUGUAGAAAAUAUGGGUCAUAGACAAAAUGAUUCGAAUGUUAGAGAGUUCAAGAUAAUAUUAAAAUUCGAGAUAUCUGUGUCGUCGUGACCGAUUCGGAGCCAAUUAGAAUCAUUGUCUUUAAGAAUUAGUUACGACAAUUUUACAGACCCUAACCUGGCAAUCUCCAUCUAUCGACAUGAUUUAGUCUAACGGUUGACGAAGAUUUGCCGAUGCGACGCUUUGGUUUGGCGACUGUUUUCUUUCUUACGACCUACUCCUACACUGGUAAACAUCACCCAUCGAAUUGACCGGUAGUUGGGGAUUAUGAAUUACUUCAAUGGAUGAAGACUCACAGCCCCAUCAACUGAUUUGCCAUAUUUAUCUAGUAUCUAACUUUAAAUUCAACAUCGUUGUCUUGAUGGUCCAAGCAUAAGGAAACAAUACUUUGAAGGGAUCGACGAAUAAAUAUUAGUAAACUAUGAACACCAUCUAGCUUUACUGUGUUAUGUAUAUGGCUAUGCCAUUUUUGGAAGAUAUAUUUUUGUUGGAUCUGAUCUUUCAUACAUAAUUUUAUUUAUCAAAUCAUUUGAAAAUGUAGUGACCGAAGCUUCCUAUUUUCUGUUUAUUGUUAGUAGAAAACAAAUAAAACUUGUUAGAAACUAAACCGAUCUCAGUCAGAUACUCCCAGAUAUAUGUUUCAGUUAUGAAAAUAUAGAAUAACCUGCUUUUUGAUUUUAAGUGAAUAGUCUUUCACAUGUGGAACAGCUAAAACCAUGACAUUCAGCAGCCCAGAAAUCCUUUAUAGUCAUAGGCUUAUUUUUUCUGGCCUUAACAAAUGUGAUCACUUCAUAAAUCUUUUCACGUAUUAUCUGUCUAUUCUAUUAUCUACUUAGUCGAACAUAUAAACAUUAGUACAAGGGAGCAUCACCAGAUAAACGCCGCGGAACAAGCCUUUCGAAGCAACAGAUGGAGACUAAAUUUGCACUACUUCACUAGUCUUGAAUACGAGUCUCGAUGUUGAGACUUUGUGAAGACAUAGCCGACCCUAUCUGUUGUCCGAUCUGAAGUAGUGUGCGAACUUUGCAGGAAUCCAGUUGGAAUGAUGUACAUGGAUUCAGGAGGACUGGUUCAGAAUCUGUGUUAUGUGGUAGAAUUCGACUUUCAACCAGUCAGGGACUUGAACUUCUUUAGAUAGGACAGGGUUCCCAUCACACGCAAGCUGCUGUAGAAGCUGAAGAAUAAAGGAAUAUACAAAAUGGGAAUAAGGGGAUAGAAAAGUGACGCGAUGUAAAAUAUAGGAGAACAUUAACAAACAGUUUUGAGUAUGAAUCGCGAGACUGAGAAUUAAGGCGUAAAUAGAUAUUAUACUUGUAGUUUGUGUAUGGUAUGGGUUACUGACUGGAACCCAAGACCGAAGUGGUGGUUUUACUGGGGGCCAUACCCUGGGCCUGCAAUUUGGAGGCCUAAUCCACAAGGCAGUAGAGCAACAUUAGGUGGUGCAGUCCCAUGGCAACCUGUAGUCAACGAUGGAUUCACACGCCAUUUCUUCCCUCGGGAUCCUGGAGCUCAUGUGCUCCAUUGGUUUAGAAUUAGGGUUUUCCAACUCCCCCAGGUGGGUACUCCAUAUCCAUCAACCCUGUUGAAGUGCUGGACAUUCACUUUCUGUCCUUCCAAUUUCGUAAAUAACCCCCCACCACAAGAAGGCUAUGAUUAGGAAUUCUGUAGAAGUUUCUGUAUAUGCAUGGCCACGAGCGGGACAAUGAACUCUCCCCACCCUCAGCCGUGCCACGGCAUUUGGGAACAUGAGAAGCGAUUUAGGUCAAGUUGAGCUGUUUAUCGCAAACCGUAGCUGUAUUUCAUUAGCCAGAAACAAGGUUUCUGUUGUGCUACAUCUAGGAUAUAUCCGGUAGUUAUUGUUUUUAUCUUAACAACCAAAUAUACUGAUAGUUUUGUUUGAUAGCCAGACUUUCUAUACAUAGUUUUAUAAUUAAAUCAUAAAUUAUAGUCUCGCUAAACUAUCUUUUACAAUUUAUGUAAUAGGCCAGUCGUACUUACAAACACAUAGGUUCCUCUUCUAUGGAAAGAGACAACCUAUUGAAGGGAAAUGUUACUUAAAUUCCUAAGGGACGGAUACAUAUACAUGUUGUAUUUAUUCUGCUGGUCAACUUUCAGAUUUGAAUUGGAUAGAAUUUGAAAUUGUGAUAUGUCUCGAUAAGCACAAUGAAUGGUAACCUUU